UAGAGAAUCUCUUAGACUAGAUCUAGUUAAAAAGUCGUACUGCUCUUCCUAAGGUUACAUUCGGAAUAGAAUCAUCGGAUCGACAACAACAAAAAGAGACGAGCGAACAGUCUGACAGGCACUGCUGACUUUAAACUUUAAAAAACCAGUCGCACUUGCAUCGUGGAUCAUCACCCAUUUAGCGUACAUCAUGUGUUUGAUCAUAUGCCUACUUUCACACCAACACGUGCAUUGUUGAUGACGUGUCUUUGUGUGUAUCAGGGUCAGGAGAGGUCGGUUAGGUGGCUUCAUAAAAUGUUAGCAGCAAAGGUCUCGACAAGCACAUGGUUUGUCCUGCUACUAUGGUGUGCCAGUACGAUCAUACAUGCGCAAGAACAAAGACUCAAUGUGAAAUGCAUGGAUCAGUGCACAUUCACCCUUGUGGAGAGCAUUCCAGAAAAUCUCACCUACCCUGCAUCAGCUCCCAUUUUGCUCUCAACCUACGAAGCACACCUAAGAAUUCUUCGAAAUGCAAAAUCAUCUAUCCACCUCUCUACAUUCUACUGGACCCUCCUGGGCAAUGAUACUGACUUCCAUGACUACAGUUCCUAUAAGGGGGAAAGCAUCUUCAACAGUAUCAAUGCAAUUGCUAAGGCGGGCAAUGUAACAGUGAUGCUGGCACAGAACAACUCCAAUGCUGACACUGACAUUUUGAGUAAAAAUGGUGCUCAAGUGCGUACGGUAGACUUCGAACGUCUGAUAGGAGCUGGCGUGUUACACACGAAGAUGCAUCUGGUGGAUGGACAGCAUAUGUAUCUUGGUAGUGCGAACAUGGACUGGAGGUCGUACACACAGACCAAAGAGCUAGGAGUCCUUGUGGAAAACUGUCCUUGUUUAGGAAAAGAUGCUGAAAAACUCUUCCAGGUGUACUGGUACCUGGGCAAGCCUGAUGCUGAGGUGCCCAAACACUGGCCCGAGCAGUACAGUACAAACAUCAACAUGAGCGACCCAGUCCUUGUUCCCUUCAACGACACAAAGGCCCCUGUCUACCUUGCUAGCUCUCCGCCUUCAUUCUGCCCCGACGGCCGCACCAGUGAUAUUGACGCUCUUCUUGAAGUUGUCAGGAGCGCCAAAGACUUCAUUUACAUUUCUGUCAUGGACUAUUUUCCUGCUAUUAUUUACAAAAAACCUUAUAGGUUUUGGCCUGUAAUCGAUGACGCUCUGAGAAGGGCAGUGAUUGACCGUGAUGUAACUCUCUACCUGAUGGCAGCCCACUGGGCACAUACACAUGGCGACAUGUACGGUUACCUCAAGUCUCUGGACGACAUGAAUAGAGUUUACAGAGGAAAAGUGGUAGUUAAACUAUUUACUGUUCCUGCCACUCCAGAGCAAAAAAAGAUUCCCUUCGCCCGUGUCGACCACUGCAAGUACAUGGUGACUGACCAGCAUGCCUAUAUUGGAACUUCCAACUGGUCUGGAGACUAUUUCACUGCCACGGGAGGACUCAGCUUUGUCAUCGAACAGCCGAAGAACAAGACUGUUAAUGAAAACGGCAAUAUACGGCAGCAACUGGAAGAUGUGUUUCUCAGGGAUUUUUUUUCUGAAUACUCUAAAAUUGUUAACUGAGAGCAUACUGUAGUCAAGUUUCUCUUACCUUAUGAUGCUUUGAUGGGCUCUUGUUUGAGUGGACCCAGUUCUAGUUGUUUUUUAUGGGUUUUUUUAGAAAUGCUAGCAAGGUUGUUUUAACUCACUUCAGACGGGUCACACAACAGUU